UGACCAUUUCACUGCUGCCGUCAAUGCUAGUACUUUCUUUUAUAAAUUGGACAUUCAUUCUAUGUACGAGGAAUUUGUUGUGCUGUUCGGCUGGGAUCUCAAGUCUUUGUGGCAAACUGCAAACCAGCAACACUGUCAUGCGCUCUUUCUGGCAGGCAGAAUUGGAGCAGCUGUGGAAUCGUACCAAUCCAUCAUAGAGAAGAGUGAUGAAGCUACGAAUGGCAGCUUAUGUGCUUGGUUCACCGCUCUCAAGCUCCAGUAAGAGC